AUGAAUGAGUUUGUGGAGACCGUUUCUUCCGUCCCAAUUCCUUUGGAGGAAUUGAAUAGUUUUCCUAUUUUGCAACUGGAAGAGAAAAGCACCGAUGAGGUAUACUUGAAAAGAGGAUGUGAUGGACCGGAUGUAACGGAUUCUGAACCUCCAGUUAAAGAGGAAUUAAUGACUUCUAUUCCAUACGUGUUUAGUUCAUGCGUGCCAUCUUCUGGUUUCUCAGCUUUGACUACAAAGGAGCCGUUAGAUCGCGCACUAGUGGAUGUCGCAUCGACACUGGCUGUAUGUGCAGCAGCAUCUGAGCCGGAGCUUUCUGAUAGUUCUAUUGCCCCACCGUUUAUGUGA